AUCGAUGCGAAAUAAAUAUCAACACACAGCUGCUGCGCGUGCGAUUAAACAGCUGUUUGGACGGCAAACGAAAUUGGGGCCAAAAUAAUUUUGUUUCUCUUUUUUGAAAACAAUUAACUCGGCACGUCGUCGCCGCCAAAAUGAGCCACAAAUACAGCCACUAACAAUGGAAACACUACAGUGCGCCAGCGAAGCGGCGCAAAUUCAAGAGCACCAACAACAUCAACAACGACAGACCGAUGCGCUUGCCAACAUUAAACGCGUUUCGUUGCCGUUUGUAAGUCAAAGUCAAAUGGAUACGGAUACGGAGACGGAUGCGUAUAUGGCCAAAGCGGAGGAUGUGUCACAAAUGGUGAAGCAGAAGCCACAGCAUGCGGAAGCACUUGUUGGCGGCAGCUCACAGCUCGUGAAUCUCGGUAGCACACAUAGCCUGUACGACAAUGUGGUCAGCAUACCCAAGGAGCUCAUACUCAUAUCGCUCGUCUCGCAGGAGCAGGCGCUCUACAAUCCCAAACAUCAGCUCUAUCGCAGCACCAAAAGCAAGGAUGAGAAGUGGACGGAAAUCGGCAGUCGUGUGGGUUGGACAGAUACGCAAUGCAAGGGCAAAUGGAAGGCGAUGCGGGAUCAAUAUUGCCGGGAGCUAAAGCGCGCCAAACUGAAUACCAAAGGCAACGUCAAGUGGAAGUACUUUAAGGAACUGGACUUUCUACGUCCCUAUGCGCUGGCACGCAACUAUCGCUCACGCGGUGCACAGAAUGGCCAUAAUGCAACCAUAUUCAUUACUGCAACGCUGCCAUAUAUGACCAGCACUGAUGUCGCCACCACCAACAACAGCAGCGGCAUCCACAACAAUGGGCACAACAACACCACAAACAACAACAACUCUUUUAGCAACAGCAACAGCAGCAGCCAAAACCUUAAUUUAUCCGCUGAGCCCAGCAAAUUUGCCAAUAUCAAAAUCGAGGAUCGAAAUGGCACAAUGCUGGAAAAUUGCACCUUUGUGGCAGCAGCAACGACAACGGUGUCAACGGCGGCAACCGCAACAGCAACAACUGCUGCAAAUGUUGAUAAGAAACCGGAUGCGACACGUGGCCUCAUGAGUGCGCUUAUGGCGGGACAAAUGCUGGAACAUCAACAGCAGCAGCAGCAACCACACCAGGACACCAAUUGGAACUAUUUGAGUGAUGCCAGUGGAAAUGGUGUUGGGUCCACGACAACAAUGACGGUCACUUGCGAGACACCAAAUCAAACGCUCUACAACGAUUUCGUUGAUUGUGUAAAUGCUGCGAGUGCUGUCAAUCAAAACUCGACGCGCAAUAAUCAAAGCAAUGCCGAUGAGGAUGAUGAUGAUCCCAUACACACAUAUCUCAACUUGGAGAGCUACUUCGAGAAAGAGCUAAUCACACUCAUCGAGCAAGAGGAUAUGAUCUACAACUACAGCAAUCAAAACUAUCGCAAUGUCAAACUAAAGCAUGAAGUCUGGGAUGAAAUAGCGCGCAAAUUGAAAAAGCCAGUCAAGCAGUGCAGGCAGAAGUGGAAGGCACUGCGCGAUCAAUAUGCACGCGAAUACAAACGUCUGAAAACCCAACUGCAUAUGGACGUCACAUCGCGCUGGAAACACUACGAUUCGCUCGGUUUUCUACAAAAAUACAUACAACAAAAGUCGCUCGAUGGCGACACGUUAGGUUUGCUGCUGCCCAAGCAUGAGGCUGUAGGCGAGCUGGAUGAGCAUUUGGGAACUCAAUCGCCCUUGCGGCAUUCCGAGCCACAGGUCAGCACUCUGGAGGCAUCGCCCAGCAGCUCCUCCCAGCUGAAUAUGUCCACACUGCCGCCGCUAACGGGACCAACCAAAGCCGAGCUAUCUGCAACAAUACAACAACAACAGCAGCAGCAACAGCAGGAGGUGCAACAGGCUAGCGAGCUGUGUGUGGCUAGCUAUGAUGAAAUGGACAUUGAAAACUAUAUAAAUGGCGAUGUAGUGCACGAUGACGAUGAGGAGGAUGAGAAUGAGGAUAUGGAUACAACGGCAACAACAGAAGAACCCACACAACAACAACAACAGCAACAGCAUGUUGUUAGCUAUGAAAAUAAUGAGGACUCGGUUUAUAUGGCCGUACAGAGUGUUAGCAAUGCGCUCUCCAAGCCCGAUCAGCAGCUGAAUGAAACUGGCAGUAGUCUGGAGCCGCAGCAAUUGCAACAGCAUCAACUGCAAACUGCCAGCGAAUAUGCGCAACCUAAGCUGGAGGUGCACACGCCGACAUCGACACGAUUUCAGAAUUCGGCCAAUACACCUUCGACGGCUAGUCAGGCACUGUUUCCACUGGGCGCCUGUUCUAUGGCCACGGAGGAGGAUGAAAUUGGUGCCUUCUUUAAGGCCGUUGCCAUGAAAAUACGCAAGGCACACCUGGAGCCGGUGGCCUUCACAGAUCUGCAAAUCAACAUAUUGGGUGUCAUUAACGAGGCGCUGCGUAAUCACUAGCCAUAUACGUUGAAGCCGAGAUAUGGAUCACUAAAUCACUGGAACAGAUCUCGUUGGAUCCCAAAACAAAACAAAAAACAACAAAAAAUACAAAUAUAAAUAAAAAUAAUUCAAAGUGGUUUCACAGCGUUGCGCGUUAUUAGCUCUUAAGUGUUAUUUUGGAUUUUUAGCAUGAUUUCACACAUAAUCUACUUAAUUUGUCUUUGUCAUUUUUAAAUUUACAACACAACACAACCAACAAACACACGCAACACAACUUACACAAAAACUUGUAUAACAAUUGAGCAUAAGUUUCUCUUUGUACAUAGGCCAAAAUUUGGCAAGCAAACAGUAAUGUUGUUUAGCUUUAGUGUGCUUCCGGUAGACACAACUGGAACUAAAAUACAAAAAUUGUUAUAGACCUGAUAACAACAUAUUGUGUACUCAAAACGAAAUGGAACAACAUAGUAAACGAAAAAUACUAUAUGCAUAUUUUUCAAAACAA